CCAGCUAUGACCAGAGCCAAAAGACAGCCGUGCCACCGACCUCCAUCCAGCUCGGUCCAAGGUUCUCCAGGAACAAGCGGCGUGAAUAGGAGGCAAGGCUCCGUCGCAUCGAAAGCAGACAAAAGGUUCCCUGACGAGGUCAAUGUCUCCCAACCAGACACAGAGGGCCAGCUUACGGCCACGAGGUCCUUGCAGUGUGGCGUGUGCGAGAAAGUUUUCAAACGCAAGUCGCAGUUGCGAACACACUUGUAUGUUCACGUACGCGAAAAACGGCACGCCUGUGGCGUGUGCGGCAAGGACAUUCUCGCAGAAGAAGAAACCCUGGUGCUCCACAGUCGCUCGCACACGGGCGAGAGACCCUUCGAGUGUUCGUCCUGCCCGGCCACGUUCACCAGAAGCAGCAUUUUGAAAAGACACAUGUUGACCCACACCGGCGAACGACCCGCAUGA